AUGGACGAAUCAGAAAAGAAAAUAAGCAUACUGUGUUUGGGACCUAAAGGGUCGGGAAAAACGACGUUACUGAAAAAGCUGCAGGAUAAGGAAGGGAUAGACUACACAUACAGUCCGGUGCCGACUAUAGGGACGAAUAUUUUCGACAUAGAUUACGUGAAUAAAAACGGGAAGAAACAAACGGUGACAGUUCGAGAAGUGGGCGGGGAGAUGGCGCCACUGUGGGGCAAUUAUCUAGACGGUGUCGAGAAAAUAAUAUUCGUGGUAGACACGUCAAACCUCUGUCAGAUAUCCGCAGCUGCUGUUAUGUUGUACACGCUGCUUGCUGAGCCUCGACUGAAAUACGCUAAGUUUAUCCUAGUACUAAGCAAAAUGGAUGCAGCAUACAGACAAAUGCGUAACGAAGCCCUAUUGCUACUGCAAUACAAGCGCUUGAGUGCAGAGUUGCCGAACGCUCCGAUACUUUUAGAAGCCGCGCCACUCAAAGGCGAAGGGUUAGAUGCUCUGAAGACAUGCAUCGCAGAGAGCAAGCCCAUAAAACCUAAAAUGAUACAUCAAAUUCAAUAA